AGAGCGGCGCUGAUUCGAGGAAACCGGAAAAGGGGAAGCCAGGCUCCACCGAGUGAGCGAUUGGCCGGCCGGGAGUCGGGGGGAUCGGCGAGCAGCGGCUGGAGCCGGGGAAAGCGGAGUGCCGCGGCGCCGCUGGCAAUCGGGAGAGUCGCUAGGACCGGAAACGCGUCACUGGCCCGGAGGGGCCGUUCAGUCAGUGUCCCAAAAUGGCGCCUCUGGACCUGGACAAGUAUGUGGAGAUAGCACGGCAGUGCAAGUAUCUCCCGGAAAAUGACCUGAAGCGACUCUGCGACUACGUAUGUGACUUGCUUUUGGAAGAGUCUAAUGUCCAGCCAGUGUCUACACCUGUCACAGUCUGUGGGGACAUACAUGGGCAGUUUUAUGACUUGGGUGAGCUGUUUAGAACUGGAGGACAAGUUCCUGACACAAAUUAUAUUUUCAUGGGUGACUUUGUGGACAGAGGGUAUUACAGUCUUGAAACUUUUACCUACCUCCUCGCAUUGAAGGCAAAAUGGCCUGAUCGCAUUACACUCCUCAGAGGAAAUCAUGAAAGCAGGCAGAUUACUCAAGUCUACGGGUUCUAUGAUGAAUGUCAAACAAAAUAUGGAAAUGCUAAUGCUUGGCGGUACUGUACCAAAGUCUUCGACAUGCUCACAGUAGCAGCUUUGAUAGAUGAACAAAUAUUGUGUGUGCAUGGUGGACUUUCUCCUGAUAUCAAAACUCUAGAUCAAAUUCGAACCAUUGAGCGCAACCAGGAGAUCCCACAUAAAGGAGCCUUCUGUGAUCUAGUGUGGUCAGAUCCUGAAGAUGUGGAUACCUGGGCUAUCAGCCCUCGAGGAGCAGGCUGGCUCUUUGGGGCAAAAGUUACCAAUGAGUUUGUCCAUAUCAACAACUUGAAACUAAUCUGUCGAGCGCAUCAACUAGUUCAUGAAGGAUAUAAAUUCAUGUUUGAUGAAAAGUUGGUGACUGUAUGGUCUGCUCCAAACUAUUGCUACCGCUGUGGAAAUAUUGCAUCAAUCAUGGUCUUCAACAAUGUAAACUCAAGGGAACCAAAGUUAUUUCGGGCAGUUCCAGACUCGGAGCGUGUAAUUCCACCAAGAACAACAACACCCUAUUUCCUUUAAAAUAUAUUUUGUUUUGGUCAGUUUUUUUUUCUUAAUACAGUGUGCACAAUGGACUGUAAACAUUGUGUUGUGUAGACAGGAUUCAAGAUGUAGAAUUUCAACCAUUCUAUCAAAUUUUAAAUGCUACAUUGAAUAAAGUGGUCUAAAGGGC